AUGCGGCGCGCGGGGCGGGGGCGCGGCCCCGGGGGGCCCGGGGGGCCGGGGCUGGGGGCCCCGGGGGCGGCGUGCGCGGCGGCCAGCGCGCGGUUGAGCGCCCCCCCGCGGGCGAACUCGAGCACCAGGCAGAGGUGCGGCGGCCGCAGGCACACGCCGCGCAGCGCCAGGAUGUUGGGGUGCCGCAGCCGCGCGAACAGCCGCGCCUCGCGCCGCACGCUCUCGGCCGCCGCCGCCGCGUCCUGCUCGGGGUCCCGGCGCGCCGCCUUCACCGCCACCUCCUGGCCCUGCCACGUGGCGCGGAACACCUGCCCGAAGCCGCCCGCGCCGAUCAGCUCCCGCAGCUCCAGCCGCUCGAAGUCCACGUGCACCGGCGAGCCGGGCCGGGGCGGCGACGGGGGCUGGAGGGGCGACCCCGGGGGCGCGGGCACCGGGGCCGGGAGCGCGCACGGAGCCACGUAGCUGGCGGGGAAGACGCCCAGGCGCCGCCGCACGCGGCCGGCCCACCAGCCCUCGUCGCCGGACACGGCGGCGUCCCGGGACAGCACCUCCACCAGCUGCCCGCGCCGCAGGCUCAGCUCGUCCUCGCCGCGCGCCUCGUAGUCGAACAGCGCGGCCCACAGCCCCGCGCCCUCC